AUGUCGUCCUCGGUAUACUUCAAGUUCAAGUCCCAGAAGGAACCUACCCGGGUCGAAUUCGACGGCACCGGUAUAUCGGUGUUUGAGCUCAAAAGGGAUAUAAUUUUGAAGAGCGGCCUUGGAGACGGCACAGACUUCGACCUUGCCAUUUACACAGAGGACGGGAAAGAAGAAUACGAUGAUGACACUACUAUCAUUCCGCGUUCGACCACGGUAAUUGCCCGUCGGCUGCCGCCGAUGAAGCCUGGCGCCGGCCGUGCUGCAAGAUACGUGUCGGGCAAGAUGCCUGUGAACGCGAAAAAUGCAUCGCGCCGGGAGCAGACUGCCAAGGCCACUGCCAAGGCGACCUCGAACGCCAUUGAGCAGAUGAACAAUGCCAUGACGGAGGAUGAGAAGCUGGCAGCGAUGUUCGCCGCCCAGUCAGAGCAAUGGAACGCGCAGCAGGAAGAGAUGUCGCAUCAAACUCCCAUCUUCAAGCCUGGAACUCGGCGUCCGGCUAACGUUCCAGACCAUGACCCUCCUCAGGGCUACAUUUGUUACCGGUGCGGUGAGAAGGGUCAUUGGAUCCAGCUGUGUCCUACCAACGACAAUCCGGAAUACGAUAACCGGCCACGGGUGAAGCGCACGACUGGCAUACCGAGGUCCUUUUUGAAAACGGUCGACAAGGCGGCCGUGCUGGCACAGGCUGCUGACGAAGACACGAAGGCGCCGUCUGGCAUCAUGGUCAACGCUGACGGCGAUUUUGUGAUCGCCGAACCGGACAAGGCAUCCUGGGAUAAGUUUCAAGCCCAGACGAAGUCUGCUGCCGCCGCUCAGGAAGUGGCGGCACGGGCGGACAAAGCGCUGCAGGAGCUUGGGUUGGAAUGCCCAAUCGACAACAAGCUGUUCCUCGAACCAAUGAAAACUCCGUGCUGUGGCAAGACAUUCUGCAAUGAUUGUAUCACCAAUGCGCUAUUCGAGAGCGAUUUCGUCUGUCCCAGCUGCCAGACGGAGGGUGUACUUAUCGAUGAUUUGAAGCCGGACGACGAGGUCGAGGGAAAGAUCCAGACGUAUCAAAAGGAAAAAGAGGCGAGCCAGAAGAAGACCGAGGAAGAGGGCGAAGAUGGCAUCGAGGAGGCUGCAAGACGAUCCCCUAGCACGGCGGCAGCGUCGCCCGCGGAUGCAAAGCCAGCUGCUGAUGGUGAUGAUCAGGGGAAGAAGUCGCCCCUUGCCGGAGCCACUGUAGCGGUCUCGACCACGAGCGCGACAAGCGCACCAUCGCCGACGGCAUCCCAGCAAUCGGGUUCCGACAGCGGUGCUGCGUCUACAGGCGGGCAGUCAAACCCGAAAAAACGACCGGCAGAAGACGAAGCUGAAAAUCCUGCGAUACCGAAAGCACCUAAAGCGAUGCAGCAGCAACAGCAGGCACAACAACAGGCGCUGCAGCAGCAGAUGGCCGGUAAUGGCAUGGGUGGAUUUAGCAUGAACGGCAUGGGCGGGAUGGGUGGAUUGAACGGCAUGACUGGCAUGAACGGGAUGGGUGGCAUGAACGCAAUGGCGGGUAUGGGAAUGGGCAUGAUGCCGUUUGGCGGUAUGCCGAUGAAUUACGGCAUGGGCAACAUGGCUAAUAUGGCCAAUAUGGGUGGCAUGGGCAUGGGCAUGGGCAACAUGAACAUGAUGAAUCCUAUGAUGAACGGCAUGGGGAUGAACGCCAACGGUGGCGGCUAUGGUGCAGAAGACGACGCCUAUUUCCGCAAGCCGAUAAAUCCCCACCGCCACUUCAACAAGCCGAAGCGGAUACGUCCGAGUGACUAUCGUGAGCUGUGA